GCGCACUCAAGUGCUUGAAUUUUGUUGCGUUGUGUAGCUCCAAGGGAAGACUGGCAAUGAAGAGAAGCUAUGAAGGGAACAUCUGCAUAGAAGGCAGAUCCAGGAUCCCAGUGACGAUGUCGAAGCACCACGAUGCAGGGACCGCUUUCAUCCAGACCCAGCAGCUGCACGCUGCCAUGGCAGACACCUUCCUGGAGCACAUGUGCCGCUUGGACAUCGACUCGGAGCCAACCAUUGCGAGAAACACUGGCAUCAUCUGCACCAUCGGCCCAGCCUCCCGCUCGGUGGAGAAGCUGAAGGAAAUGAUUAAAUCUGGAAUGAAUGUUGCCCGCCUCAACUUCUCUCACGGCACCCAUGAGUAUCAUGAGGGCACAAUCAAGAAUGUGCGAGAAGCUACAGAGAGCUUUGCCUCUGAUCCCAUCACCUACAGACCUGUGGCUAUUGCACUGGAUACCAAGGGACCUGAAAUCCGAACUGGACUCAUUAAGGGAAGUGGCACAGCAGAAGUGGAGCUGAAGAAGGGUGCACCGCUCAAAGUGACCCUGGAUGAUGCCUUCAUGGAGAACUGCGAUGAGAACGUGCUAUGGGUGGACUACAAGAACCUCACCAAGGUUGUAGAAGUUGGCAGCAAAAUCUAUGUGGAUGAUGGUCUCAUUUCCUUGCUGGUUAAGGAGAAAGGCAAGGACUAUGUCAUGACGGAGAUCGAGAACGGUGGCAUGCUGGGCAGCAAGAAGGGAGUGAACCUGCCUGGUGCUGCAGUUGACCUGCCUGCGGUCUCUGAAAAGGACGUUCAGGACCUAAAAUUCGGUGUGGAGCAGAACGUAGAUAUGGUGUUUGCUUCCUUCAUCCGCAAAGCUGCUGAUGUCCAUGCCGUCAGGAAGGUGCUAGGGGAGAAGGGAAAGAACAUCAAGAUCAUCAGCAAGAUCGAGAACCACGAGGGUGUGCGCAGGUUUGAUGAGAUCAUGGAGGCCAGUGAUGGCAUUAUGGUGGCCCGAGGUGACCUGGGAAUCGAGAUCCCUGCUGAAAAAGUCUUCCUCGCCCAGAAGAUGAUGAUUGGACGCUGCAACAGGGCUGGCAAACCCAUCAUCUGUGCCACUCAGAUGCUGGAAAGCAUGAUCAAGAAACCUCGCCCGACCCGCGCCGAGGGCAGCGAUGUUGCUAAUGCUGUCCUGGAUGGAGCAGACUGCAUCAUGCUGUCCGGAGAGACUGCCAAGGGAGACUACCCGCUCGAGGCUGUGCGCAUGCAGCAUGCUAUUGCCCGGGAGGCCGAAGCCGCCAUCUUUCACAGGCAGUUGUUUGAGGAACUGCGUCGUCUGACUUCCCUGAACUGUGAUCCCACGGAGGCCGCCGCUGUUGGCGCUGUGGAAGCGUCCUUCAAGUGCUGCAGCGGGGCCAUUAUUGUCCUCACCAAGUCUGGAAGGUCAGCACACCUGGUGUCCCGGUACCGCCCGCGGGCUCCCAUCAUCGCUGUGACCCGUAAUGACCAGACGGCGCGCCAGGCCCACCUCUACCGGGGCAUCUUCCCGGUCCUGUGCAAAGAACCAGCCCACGACGCAUGGGCGGAGGAUGUGGACCUCCGCGUGAACCUGGGCAUGAAUGUUGGCAAAGCGCGUGGGUUCUUCAAGAGCGGCGACCUGGUCAUCGUGCUGACCAACACCAUGCGCGUGGUGCCCGUUCCCUGA